AUGCCUUGUUUCAUGAUAAUACAUGUAUCCAUUUUUUUAGCUGUUCCACCGCCGACAUCUCGUAUUGUUGGAGGCAUUAAUGCGGAUAAUGGCUUGGCUCCGUAUCAAUGCUCACUGCGAAGAAGUCAAAAUUUGGCACAUUUCUGUGGUUGUUCUAUUUUAUCCGAGAACUUUGUUGUCACAGCGGCUCACUGCGUAACCAGUGACGCAUCAAAUGUUCGGGUCGUAGUUGGAACCAAUGAUCUACAGUCAGGUGAAACUACUUACACGGCUGUAAAAUCAAUUAUUCACCGGAGCUAUAAUCAACCGCGUCGUCUCGCAUAUGACAUUGCAUUGAUUAAAGUGGAAAGAGUUCGACAAGUUACUUUUGGGACCGUUAGAGAAAGCAUUCAAUUUAAUGAUCAAGUUCAGCCAAUUUCGUAUUCGCCAAAUGUAAUUAAUGCAGGCACUGUUCUUCAAACAACGGGAUGGGGACGAUUGGGCGCAAACGAUGGAAAUCCACGAUACCUUCAAGUUCUCAAUGUAACGGCCAUUUCCAACGACAAAUGCAGACGUUAUUAUCGAAAUACGGUUGAUGACACUCAUUUGUGUACACUUACGAAGGCUGGCGAGGGAAUUUGCAGUGGUGACUCUGGUGGUCCGCUUGUGUUGAACAAUCAACUGGUUGGUGUGACUAGCUGGGCAGUUUUGUGUGCCCGUGGCUAUCCUGAUGGAUUUGUCCGAAUUUCUUACGUUUACGAUUGGAUCAAAGCAAAUUUACAAAGCAAGUCAAAUUUAAAUAAGAGUUGGAUCGAACAAGAAGUAUUCGGAUGCAUCGAAUUCAAUGACAAAGUGAAGCCAAUCAAUUAUGGUGGAGCAGAACCAUCGCCCGGCACUAAACUAUUGACUACCGGCUGGGGAAAGCUUAGCGAUUCUAGUAUAUCACCACAGAACCUGCAACAGCUUACAGUAAAGACAAUUUCUCUUGAAGAGUGUGAAAAAUCAUGGCCUGGUAUCGAUGCAAGUGUCCUAUGUACAUCAAAUCCAUUUGGCCAAGGGAUAUACAUGGGUGACUCCGGAGGUCCACUUGUUGAAGGAAAUACACUCGUGGGCUUAGUUUCUUUUGGAGAACCGUGUGGCCGUGGCUAUCCAGAUGGUUUCACCAGAAUUUCAUAUCUCUAUGACUGGAUCGUAGCAAAUAUUAAGUAA